AUGGAGGCCUACUUGCUCUUAUCUAUAGAUUCCAAUUGGCGUGCUGUUGUCGCCAUCCUCGGCGCAGGGACAGUCUAUCUACUCAGCCUAGUCAUCUACCGCCUCUUCUUGUGUCCUCUAGCAAAAUUCCCAGGCCCCAAGCUUGCUGCAGUAACAUGUUGGUACGAGUUGUACUAUGAUCUUGUCCACAAAGGCAAAUAUCUAUUUGAGAUUGAGAAGAUGCACAACAAGUACGGACCAAUAGUAAGGAUCAAUCCUUUCGAGCUUUCCAUCCGCGACUCGGAAUACUACGAUGAACUCUACGUCGCGGGCUCAAUUCGCCCCACGGACAGAUAUGAAGCUUUUGUCGAAGGUAUCGUAGACUUCAAGGACUCUCACAUCGCAACGAUAGAGCAUGAUCUCCACCGCAAGAGAAGAAAGCCACUUGAUCCUUAUUUUUCCCGACUCGGUAUCUCAAGGCUAGAGCCAAUGCUAGGCGAGCUGACCGAGAAACUGAUCGUCAACCGGUUCGAAAGCUUCAAGGGAACUGGAAAGGUAGUGAGACUGGACCAUGCCUUCACGGCUUACUCUGGUGAUGUGAUUAAUAGGCUAUGUAUGGAUGACCCGCCAGACGUUUUGCUGAAUGAUCCGGAAUUCUCACCGUGGUGGUAUAACCUAUUCCACAAUGGGGUUGCGACUUUGCCUUUGUUUAUGGGGCUGCCUUGGUUAAUUCACAUCGUUCGGCUCAUUCCUGUGGGCAUUCUGGCAAAGCUGGUCCCCGGAACUCAGACCUUCAAUAAGUUCAAGAUGAUGUGCGAUGACCAUCUCCGAGUCGCCAAGAGUGAAAAGGCAACCUUGGGAUCCAAAGACACGUCGAUGAUGGGUAGCCGCCCGACCAUUUUCCGACAUCUGCUCAACAGCGACCUCCCAUCGUCUGAACUUACAGAUGACCGGCUGUCCAAAGAAGCUCAAGUUCUUAUCGGAACCGGAACCAUCACUACAGCCGGAUCGUUGUGCUUCCUUUGCUACCACAUAAUGGCCAAUCCCACUAUCAAGAAGCGCCUCCAAGAAGAGCUGAAACCCAUCAUGGCGAACUACCCCCAGAAGAAACCGACUUGGGCUGAACUGGAGACAGCACAUUAUAUGCAGGCAGUAAUCAAAGAGGGUCUUCGCCUAAGCUUCGGCACCAUGCACCGUCGUACGCGCGUUUCCCCAAAACAAGCCCUUCAAUUCAGGCAGUGGACGAUUCCAGCUGGUGUGCCUGUUGGCAUGUCUGCAUAUUACGCCCAUCGCGACCCGAGCGUCUUUGCAUGUCCUGACGAAUUCCUCCCCGAGCGAUGGCUUGCGGACGUUACACCGGAGAUGAAUCGCAAUUAUGUCCCAUUUUCAAAGGGGUCAAGGCGAUGUUUGGGAACAAAUCUUGCGUACGCUGAAAUCAACCAUGUGGUCGCUACGCUUUUCCGUUCAGGGGGUGCAGAUUUUGACCUUUACGACACGAGUGAAAAGGAUGUCAAGCCCGCUCAUGAUUUGAUUGUGCCGCUGCCAAGCUUGGAGUCGAAGGGGUUUCGUGUAAUUUUCCAUUAA